UCCAUCCGACUUUCGGAAGAGCCCGGCCUGCACCGACGGGAAAGCUUCGUCCUUCGCGGUGGGUUGCUGAGGCAAGGCGAGAUGUGAAGUUCGCGUCGACGAGCAGUGUGGUUGGUGCCCUUGGAGCAAAAAAACAUGGGCCAAGGUAACGUUGCGGCGCUCAGGGAACUGUGGAUCGUCUCGCUGUGUGCGCUGGCGAUGUCCGCGUCCUCGGUUCUGUGGAACGUGGAGAUACCGAGGCCUCCGCCGAGGAGUGACUUCGGCUCCUGCGAGGCCGUCGAUGGCCGCCGGCCGAAGAUGCACAGCGCCAUCUCGCCGGCAUCCGGCGAUCUAGUCAUCAACGUCACCCUGCUCCUGCCGGCGGUUCACCAGGGAGUGAGGGAGAGCGUCAAGUACCUGCAGAAGCACGGCUUCCAGAAGUCCAAGUACGAAAACGUCACGUGGCCCAGGCUGAGGCGACGCCCCGGGGCCAGAGAGUACGAGACCGCGGCCUACGCUUCCCAGUUCGCCACCGAAUACAUCGCUCGCAGGUUGAAACUGGCGCCAGACGACGUGCACGGUGCGGUCGCGUGCGUCGACGUCCGUGACACUGCGCUGGGCCGCCUCUGCCCCAAGGACCUGAUCGACGAGGACAUCGUGUGCCCGCGCAAGACCCUGCACUACCGCACUCCGGACGGCACCUGCAACAACUUCGACAGGCCGUCGUGGGGCGCCACUUUCUCGACACUCGUGAGACUCCUGCCCGCCAGGUACGCCGACGGGAUAUCCAGACCACGCGUCGCGACGAGCGGCUCUCCCCUGCCCAGCGGGCGGCUGGUCAGCCAGACGCUGACCUCCCUGGACCGACCGGGCGGCGGCUCGGACGACCCGCGGGCGACGCUCAUGCUGAUGCAGUGGGGCCAGCUGGUGGACCACGACGUGUCGCUGACCACGCUGUCCGUGUCACGCUCGGGCUUCCCGCCCAAGUGCUGCCGGCCCCUGAUGUCGCCGGAGGACGUGCACCCGGAGUGCAUGGCCAUCGCGGUGUCGUGGCGUGACAAGUUCUACCGCAAGUUCGACACCACAUGCAUGGAGUUCAGCCGGUCGGCGCCCGCUGCCAAGCCGGGCUGCAGGUUGGGUGCUCGUGACCACACUAAUCAGGUGACGGCGUUCAUCGACGCUUCCACAGUGUACGGUUCCACGGCCGAGGAAACAAACCAGCUGAGGUCUUUUCGGAAAGGAAUGCUUCGCACGCUGGACACAAAGUGGUCCAAGCCGCUGCUGCCUCCAGGUUCGGAGGCCGAGAUCCUCGAAUGCCAGGAGAGGGGUCGGAACUCCAAGUGCUUCAUGGCAGGUGACUCUCGAGUCAACGAGCAGCCGGGUCUGACGGCGCUCCACACCGUCUGGAUGCGCGAGCACAACCGUGUGGCACUCGAACUGUCGACUCUCAAUCCUGGCUGGAACGACGAGCGACUCUUUCAGGAGGCGCGGCGAGUGGUGGCCGCCGAAGUGCAGCACGUGACCCUGGCCGAGUUCCUGCCCGCCGUGCUGGGCGAGUCUGUGGCGCAGAUCUUCGGCCUCAAGCCGGCGCCGGGCCACUGGCGCGGCUACGAGCCCUCGCAGAACCCCGGCGUGUCGAACGUGUUCGCCGCGGCCGCCUUCCGGUUCGGACACAGCCUUGUUCCGCACGCCUUCCACCGCUACGACAAGCGGCACAGGCUCCUGCUCAACGACACCCCUCUCCACUCGGAGUUCUUCAACCCGACGCACUUGUUCCGACCGGGCGCCGUGGACCGCCUCGUGCUGGGUCUGGUCAACCAGGCGGCGCCGGGAAUGGACGAGCAGCUGAGUCCCGAGGUCACCAACCGGCUGUUCCAGCCGCAGGGCCAGGACUUCGGGCUCGACCUCAUGGCGCUCAACGUGCAGAGGGGCCGCGACCAUGGGCUGCCCCCGUACACCGCGUGGAGGAGCCACUGUGGACUGCAGCGGGUGCGCGGAUUUCAGGACCUCGAGCAGUUCAUGGGGCCCGCUGCGGCACAGGCGCUUUCGAAGCUCUACGCGUCAAUCGAGGACGUGGACCUGUUCCCGGCAGGGAUCGCGGAAAAGCCCGUGCUGGGUGGCGUGGUGGGUCCCACGUUCGCGUGCCUCAUCGCCGAGCAGUUCGUGCGCAUGCGCAGGGGCGACCGCUUCUGGUACGAGAACGGGGGCCUGGCCUCGUCCUUCACCACAGAUCAGCUGCGCGAGCUGCGGAAGGUCACGUUAGCGCGUGUGCUUUGUGACAACGUGGACGACAUCGAUACGAUCCAAGCCAGAGUCAUGGAACAGGUUGACCAGAGACGGAACAGGAGGCGCCCCUGUACAAGAAUCCCGGAGAUGAACUUCUCCUUCUGGAAGUACUAAUGCAUCCGCAUCAACUGUGAACACACCAAGGACUUUGAACGGCUCAAAUUUCUUGCACGUGGCGUAUUACGUAACGUCGACCGCGACCCUGGUUCCACGAUCGUCGACCUCUCCUUCUUGAUGCUGCUCAUACCGCACGAGGUCGCGACUCUCGACUGCGGCGGUCGCAUUCCGGCUGGAAGCGGCAUGCGGACACGCUCGGGAUCAGCGCCAGUCGACCGUUCGUUAAAAGGACACUGAAGAGAAAAACGAAUUCGAGCUGUAUUGGGAAAUGCAUUGGUCGAGCUGCAUUUGUUGCCCUUGCAAAACAAAUAAAGGUAACCUCUACCGUGAAGUGAGGCCUAAUAUGCCGGGAAAGACGCAAGGACAAAUCGAAUGCGGGUGGAGACGCCGUCAACACCAAGAUUUUUCGCGGAUCUGAUACAGUUGCAUGUUUAUCACUAAAUGUAUACCUUUUGUUCUGAGGAAACUUUAUACUCGGCCUAUAAGCAAGUUUCGAGGACUUUUUAAUGUGUUUACCUUUCGUGUCUGACCGUUCUCCUGGGGCAGAUCUCGAAGGUAGUGCAGUCUAACAGAGCGGUACUAUCACGCGGUGGCAAUGUACGGUACGGCACAACGCUGUAGUAAAGACAGCGCCCACGCGUUCUUCGCUCGGUGGUAGCGCUUCGAGACGCUGUCGCUUGGGCCGUUGCGCCUGUGUAUCGCAGCGUCCAUAGAGGCAUUCUCAGACGCUGUCUGAGCUGGUCCUUGAAGUUGUGCUCAAGAUACCGGUUGUCUCCGGCUUACAGGUAAUACCGCAGUCACACAUGCACUUCUGAUCACGAUCGGGCCCGUUCCGGAUCGGAUUUGUCGAUCGCUAUCAACAAUGGCCGCUGCUACAUUGUCCAACGAUCCGGAUCCAGCUAUCGUCGUCUGCUGAUUGUCUGCAGCUCUCAGAGCUACAUACUGCCUUGUCUACAAAUGCACAUUUGCAGAAUGUGGUUAAAUUUGAACAGUAUUUCACUGGUAUAGCUUACUAUUGUUGAUAAAAAUGUUUUCAAAAGUUAUUUAUAUUGAGCUGCCUGAUUCUUUCGAGUGUUUUCAGAAUAUUGCGCUUGAGGGCACAAACGUCAGUCUCCGAUCGCGCUCGUCGGGUCGCGAUCGCUAUCUGACAGUGACCAGUAUCUGACGCGCUUUCAAACCGUGUAGCAGCACACCAGUCUGGAUUGAGUUUAAUCCAGAUCGACCCCCGUUCGCGAUAAGAAGUGCACGAGUGACGCCGCUAUAAGGCAUGGUGCAUGUGCAUAAUUAGCGGAGCGCGUUCCAUAACGAGGGUGCCUCAAUACGCUCGGGACACGCUUCGCGAGGCGCAUUACCGACGACACACUUGUCCGUUCUCACUUAGCGAACGAAUACUAAACUCAUCGAAAGCAUUAUCACAUGCGCUCGUUUCUUCUCAAAUAUAGCGAUUGACAACGCAAGACCAGAAGUUGACCAGCUGAACUGUUUGG